AUGCCACAGCUUUUCAGGUUAGAUGCUGGCUUCCAGCAGUACGAUUGGGGUAAGAUCGGUUCAUCCUCUGCAGUUGCUCAGUUUGCUGCUCAUUCAGACCCAUCAGUAAAAAUUGAUGAACAGAAACCAUAUGCCGAACUAUGGAUGGGUACUCAUCAUAAGGUUCCAUCUUAUAAUCAUGAUACUAAAGAAUCGUUGCGUGAUUUGAUUGAAGCUGAUCCAGUUGGAAUGUUGGGUCAAGGCAACGUCGACAAGUUUGGUUCUAUGAAGGAAUUACCAUUCUUGUUUAAAGUUUUAUCCAUUAAAAAAGUGUUAUCUAUCCAAGCCCAUCCAGAUAAGGCUUUAGCUAAAGUCUUACAUUUCAACGAUCCUGCCAAUUAUCCUGAUGAUAACCACAAACCGGAAAUGGCGUUGGCAGUCACCGAUUUUGAAGGUUUCUGUGGAUUCAAGCCAUUGGAAGAGAUUGCAGAUGAGUUGCAACGUAUCCCAGAAUUGAGAAAUAUCGUUGGGGAUGAAGUUUCCGAAACUUUUAUCAACAAUAUUAACCCAGAGGCAGUGAAGGAUUCUGCUGAUGAUGCCAAGAACAAGAAACUCUUGCAACAAGUAUUCAGUAAAGUUAUGAACGCUUCUGAUAAAGUGGUGGUAGAAAACGCACGUGCGUUGAUCAAGAGAGCUCAUGAAUCUCCUGCUGAUUUCAACAAGGACACAUUGCCACAACUCUUAAUAGACUUGAAUGAACAGUUCCCAGAUGAUGUUGGUUUGUUCUGUGGUGGGUUACUUCUAAACCAUUGUAACUUGAAAGCAGGUGAAGCAAUCUUCUUGAGAGCGAAGGACCCACACGCGUACAUUUCUGGUGACAUCAUCGAAUGUAUGGCUGCUUCUGAUAACGUCGUUAGAGCAGGUUUCACACCAAAGUUCAAGGACGUUAAAAACUUGGUCGAAAUGUUGACAUACACUUACGAUUCCGUCGAAAAACAAAAGAUGUCUCCAGAAAACUUUGAAAGAUCUUCUGGCCAAGGUAAAUCUGUUCUAUUUAAUCCACCAAUUGAGGAGUUUGCAGUAUUGUACACCACCUUCCAGGAUGGUGUCGGUACGAGACACUUUGAGGGUUUACACGGUCCUUCCAUUGUGAUCACCACCAAGGGUAACGGUUUCAUCAAGACAGGUGAUUUGAAAUUGAAAGCGGAACCGGGUUUUGUCUUCUUCAUCGCACCUGGAACUGAAGUCGACUUCAUUGCAGACGACACCGACUUUACCACAUACAGAGCAUUUGUCGAACCAAAUUAA